AUGUCGAGCAAUACAACGACCAAUGCCAUUUCAAGUGGCCGACUCAUUGUUGCUUAUUAUCCAUUUUCAUUGAUUAUUGUUGGUACAAUUUUAAAUCUGGCAACGUUGUUCAUUCUUUUUCGGCCUGUCUUUCGAGAUACAACAAGACAACCGGUUGUUUAUUAUAUGCGUACGAUCGCUGUGUUUGAUAUUCUGAUGCUAUAUGGCUGGAAUCUUGAUCAUUAUUUGGACAUCGUGCAUGGGUUUAUACUUUUAACGUAUACAAUACCGACGUGCAAAAUUUUUGGAUUUCUGAAUUAUUUCGCUGGACAAUCAUCAGCAUGGCUUCGCGUAUUCGUCUGUUUAGAUCGAUACUUAGCAGUAAGUCGUCUUCAUCGCACGUGGUUCAACCGCCGAAAAGGUGUUUCAAUCAUUAUCAGUACAAUUAUCACGGUUAUAACCUUGUUCAACCUACACUUUUUCAUCUUUGCUUGUUUCCAUCGAUCCAAUGGUACAAUUAAUCCCAAUGCUCGGCUCUACCGCAUUUAUCCUCUCUGGGAUUAUAUCAAUUUAGGUGUAUACAAUUGCGCACCAUUCAUAUUCAUGGUUACACUCAACACCGGCGUUAUUUAUCAUUUGCUACAGCGUCGUCAAAUGCAAGUCAUUCAAAAUUCACGUAUUCAACACCGGACAAUAUCUACUACAUUGGUAAUAACAACAUUUCUCUUUUUAAUUAUGACUAUUCCAGCUACGAUUGUUGCUGCAUUUUUCUUCACCACUCCAACGACAACGUUAGCGAAAGUACUCGAUUCCGCACUUUAUACUUACCAUGUAUUGUCCUUUAUCAUCUAUUUCAUAACAUUUAAAGAAUUUCGACAAGAAUGUUUGAUUUUAUUUGGAUGUUACAAUCACAAUAUUCGUAGAAGAAUCGAUCCGACAACGAAACAGAGAUAUUGA